AUUUUUUCCUUCCUUCUAUUUAUAUUGAAAACUUGAAAACACUUAACCUAGAUUUGAAGAACACCUUGCCUUACCUUGCCUUAUCUUAGAUUUGAAGAACACCUUGCUUUAACUUGCCUUAUCUUCUUCUUCUUCUUACCAUUUCCCGAAUUAAAACGUUGAUAACAAUCCGUUCAGGCAUUUUUCAGAUCAUCUGGGAAAACCGCAAAUUAAAAUUGAACUUUUUUUUAAUCGGUUUUUCGUUAUAUUCCACUAAUAGUUGAAUAAAAUCUCAAUUUCUGCUUUUUAAAUCAAGAACAUAUUUUUUUUUACAACCCCAGAAUUUUUCAUUGCUUAAAAAUCGUUUGGUAAACUUCUGCUCAUUUAGAAUUCAGAAGUGUUCAAAAGUUUUUGGGUGUGUUUGGUUACGAGGGUGGGGAUAUAAAAAUGGUGGGAGGAGGGAAUAGCAGGAGGGAUGAGCCUUUGGUGAUUAACAGCACCAAUGUUUUUGCGGCGCUUGGGAGUUUGAAGAAGAAGAAGAAGAAGGGAAGUGAAAAGGAACAUCAAGGCUCCUCUUCUAAGACCAGAGGGAAAAAGGGAGGGGAGAAGGAAGCGGAGAAGAAAGAGGUGUUCUGGGCCCCAUCACCUCUCAAGACGAAGUCUUGGGCUGACGUUGAUGACGAAGAUGAUGAUGAUUAUUAUGCCUCCAUGGCUCCUCCUGGUUCUGCUUGGGACACUCAUAAAGAACCUGAGCCUGCUUUAGAGGAAAGUGAAAGUGAGGAAGAAGGUCUUGAUGAAGUUGAUGAUGAUGUUGAAGAAGAACAUGAAAAUGAAGCUAAGGCCCAGGUAGAAGAGCAGCCAGUUAUGAAGAAGCCUCCUGAAGCUGCUAUGGUCAUUAAGGAGACAGAAAGACAGCUUUCAAAGAAGGAACUGAAGAAGAAAGGGCUUGAGGAACUGGAUGCUGUUCUUGCUGAGUUAGGAUAUACCAAACAGGAGACAAGCAGCCCAGAUGACUCCCAUGCCAUUGCACAGGGGGAAAAAUCAGAGAGCAAUGGAGAAAUGGAAAAGAAAGAGAAUGCUCCUGCAGAGAGCAAAAGUGCCAAAAAGAAGAAAAAGAAAGACAAAUUGUCAAAGGAGGUGAAAGAAUCAUCGCAGGGCCAGCCUGAAGGCAUUGAUGCUGGAAAUCACACCGAAGAGACUGGUGAAACUGAGAAGCCUGAAGGGACAUCUGCUGUUGAUGUGAAGGAGCGGCUGAAGAAAGUGGUUUCUACAAAGAAGAAAAAAUCAAGUAAAGAGAUGGAUGCUGCUGCCCGAGCUGCUGCCAGUGAGGCUGCUGCAAGGACUGCAAGGCUUGCUGCUGCAAAGAAAAAGGUGAAGAGUCACUACAAUCAGCAGCCAGUGCGGUAAUUUGGGAAGAGCUUUGAGUUUUGCUUUUCUUUUUAACUCCUCACAUAUGAACAUGUACCCUCUCCUGUUCAUUUUGUUAAUGCGAAAUAAACAUCAGUAAAUGGUUUUUGUGGAUGUGACUCUCAUCGGGGCACUUUUGUUCUCAGAGAAAAAAAUCAGUUCCUUUAAUCUUGGUAUUUCUUCUUUGUGUUGGAUGUUA